GUCAUACUUUUACACAGAAGUUUAUACUCUGGAAGAAGAUGGCUCUUCACCACCUAUGGAUCUUGCUCCUUUGUCUACAAACCUGUCUGGAAGCAGCUGGAAGUGACACAGACAUCUUCAUGGUGAAUGGGAUUCUGGGGGAGUUAGUUACUUUCCCCUUAAAUAUCCAACAAUCAGAGAAAGUUAUCAGCAUUUCUUGGAAUUCCAAAACAUCUGUCGCCUUUGUAACACCAGGAAACUCAGGAGCAGCACCCACAAUUUCCAUAACCCACCAAAAUUACCAUAAACGAAUAAAUGUCUCAGGUCAAAACUAUAACCUGGAGCUCAGAAAUCUGAGGUUGGAAGACUCAGGGAUCUACAAAGCCGACAUAAAUGUAAAGACCUCUGAAAUAAUCACCACCACCAGGUGCUACAAUCUUCAAGUCUAUCGUCGGCUUGGAAAGCCAAAAAUUACUCAGAGUUUAAUGACAUCUGUGAAUAGCACCUGCAAUGUCACACUGACAUGCUCUGUCGAGAAAGAAGAAAAGAAUGUGACAUACAGUUGGAGUCCACUGGGGGAAGAAGGCAAUGUUCUUCGAGUCUUCCAGACCCCUGACAACAAAGAGCUGACUUACACGUGUACAGCAUGGAACCCUGUCAGCAACAAUUCUGACUCCAUCUCUGCCCAGCAGCUCUGUGCAGACAUUGCAAUGGGCCUCCAUACUCACCGCACUGGGCUGCUGAGUGGGCUGGCUGUGCUCUCUCUGCUUCUAAUCAUUCUACCUUCAGUGAUUUUGUUCCUUUUGCACAAAAGAGGACAAGAUUCAUACUUGAAGAUCUUCAGUAAGAACCCUGAUGCUGCCUCAAAGAAAACAAUAUACACAUACGUCACAGUUCCAAGAGACACCCAGACAGCAGAGCUCAGGAUCUAUGAUGAAAUCCCCCAGUCCAAGGUGCUCCCCACCAAGGAGAAGCCAGUGAACGCGAUUUAUUCCAUAGUGCAGUACUCUGAUAAGAUGGGGAAAACCAACACGCAGGACAGCAAAUCUCCUGGGACUUCAAGCUAUGAAAUUGUGAUCUAGGCUCCCAGAUGGAAUUCUCCCCAUGGAAACUGAGCUACAACCAUACCUACUGGCAGAUGCUCCAGACCUAGACUUGCUCUGCCCAGAACUUACCUGGAGAUUGCAAAUCACCAGAUCCCAACACGUAAGCAAAGAAGCAAACACUUUGUUGCUGGGCAUAGCUCAUGCCUAGAUAAGCAAAUGGAUACAUGCCCUUUCUGAAAUUGCUCCCUUCCUGAUGAAUGACAAGGAAUGUCCUUUGACACAGUGCUUCCCACCCUUCUUCACAUCGCAACACAUGGAGAAAAUAUUUUUGUGGCCCAAUGGGGUAAACAGUCAAGAUUGCUCAUGGCUGGAAGCUGUGUAUGACCAGAGGUGAUGACUCUUCCCAGCAACCCCAUAUGUGAAGGAUCCACAUUUUGCACACCUGUAAUCUGCCAUGACACACCACUUAGGAGCCUCUUCUCACACUCAAUAUAUGGGAGGAGCCCUGGUCCAUGGCUUCCCCAAUUCCACACAGCACCUUGGGCAGAUGAGCCCCUCACUUGAGUACAUGGCUUGGCGUGUACUGCAUUUCAGUCUCUGUUUGUCCCUUUGCCUGGGAAACUGUUCAGGGUACACCUGGCUGGACCAGCCCAACCCUAUAUAACUGUGUGGCAUGGGAAG